AUGUCAACUUUUGCCAUUCUGAUUAGCGAAACCGCUGCGGCGGGAAUAUCCAUAACGGCCAAUAACCGUUUAAACAAAGACGUUAUCAACUAUCCCAGCAGCAAAUACUCCACCGUGCAUAUCAGAAUUAUAAGGGACGAUUACAAAGCCAGUGAUUACCAGAUCGAGUACAUUUCCACGUUUAGAAUUGAAUUCGUCCGCCAUGGCGGUAAACUGCUGAUUAUUCGUCGUAUAUUUGUUAAACCCUUUGGCAGGACGCCAGACAAAUAUGCCAGUCCUCCGGAUGGGAAAGAGCUAUUGGUUAUUCUAUGCCUAGGUUGGUGUUUAAAUCCCAUCGACAAGUUUUUGCGCUAUUGUUGCGAAUUUAAAGACAAACAGCGCAAAAGCUUUGUCACUAAUAUUAAAAAGCUAGAUGAAACGUUAAUUCGGGAUGGAAAAGCUUAUAAGAAAGUCUUUUUCGGGUAUAUAGACGAGGACUCGGCCAGACUAAUCCCAAAAUUUCGCCCGUCGAAUAACGACGAAAAGUCUUUCAGCUGCCAAAGUGCAAGGGAUUUCGAAACGCAAUCUUGGACUGUAUCGAAAAACGGUUCGGUUAAGGAUAUGGUUAUUUUUAAAAUUUAG